ACUAAAACUAUAACUGACGCUGACAAAACUAUAACUGACACUGAAACUUCAACUAUAACUACACCCACAACUAUAACUGAUACUAAAACUACAACUGACACUGAGACUAAAAUUAUAACUGAGUCUGAAACUUCAACUAUAAUUAUACCCACAACUGAGACUAAAACUGUAACUACACCCACAACUGAGACUAAAACUGUAACUACACCCGAAACUAUAACUAACACUAAAACUAUAACCGACACUGACAUCGAAAUUAUAAUUGCACCCACAACUGAGACUAAAACUGUAACUACACCCACAACUGAGACUAAAACUGUAACUACACCCGAAACUAAAACUAUAACCGACACUGACAUCGAAAUUAUAAUUACAACUGACACUGAGACUAAAACUAUAACUGAGUCUAAAACUUCAACUAUAACUACACCCACAACUGAGACUAAAACUGUAACUACACCCACAAUUACGACUACUACUGUAACUACACCCACAACUGAGACUAAAACUGUAACUACACCCACAAUUACGACUACUACUGCAACUAAUACCGCAACUAUAACUAACACCGCAACUAUAACUUCACCCACAAUUACGACUACGACUACUACAACAACCACUAUCACUACUGUCGGAAAAAAGAAUGACUAA